CUAACUAGCACUGUUCCUCUCCUAUUUCUAGCAGGGACUGCCUUCUCCCUCUCCCUCCCUCCCUCUCUCUCCUUCCUCUCUUCUCCAUUUUCCAGUCAAACUGAGCUCUGGACCUAUGCCCUCUCCUCCACCCUCCUGGUCAGUGCAGCCCCGUUCUUCAUACUCUUCUUCAUUCCUAUCAACAGUGCCUCUGAACACUCUGACUUCCUCAAAGUCCUCCUUAGUUUUGCCUCAGGAGGUCUUCUAGGCGACGCUUUUCUCCACCUCAUACCUCACGCCGUCGGGUCACAUCACCACGGAGACCAUCACCAUGAAGAACAUCACCAUGACGACCAUCACCACGGAGAUCAUCACCAUGGAGACCAUCACCACCAUGACCAUCAUCAUCAUGGCGACCAUCACCAUGGGGGGCAUGACCAUACGCAGGACAUGAUGGUUGGUUUGUGGGUACUGGCUGGUAUCAUUGCUUUCCUGAUUGUGGAGAAGUUUGUGAGGACGAUUAAAGGAGGCGGACACAAACACGUCCAUUUUAAUAGCGAAGUUGAGGAGAGACGUUAUAGGGAAGGGGCCGGGCGGAGUCAAGUCAUAGAGACUAAAAAUGGUCCACUUUCUGACGAGGGGAACAAGGAAGGACUGAGACAAAGAGGAGGAGGAGGGAUAAUGGCAAAGAAAGAGAAAGAGGAAAAGAAGAGAAAAGUCUCUCAACAUUCUCCCGAAAUCAAAGUCUCCGGUUAUCUUAACCUCGCUGCUGAUUUCACUCACAACUUCACUGAUGGACUUGCAAUUGGUGCCUCCUACCUAGCAGGGCGUGGUGUGGGUGUGGUCACAACCCUUACAAUCCUCCUUCACGAGGUCCCACACGAAAUCGGAGAUUUUGCGAUCCUCGUCCAAUCCGGUCACACCAAACGAAAGGCAAUGAUGUUACAGCUGGUGACAGCAGUGGGUGCUCUUACCGGAACAUUCUUUGGUCUCCUUGCUGAAGGUGGAGCUUCUUCUUCCAUGUCUAGCUCUUGGAUUCUUCCAUUUACGGCUGGUGGAUUUAUAUACAUCGCCACUGUCUCUGUUAUUCCUGAAUUGCUUGAAAACAGCUCAUCUCUGUGGCAGUCAUUGAAGGAGUUACUUGCAAUGUGUGUGGGCGUGGGUAUGAUGGUUGCUAUUGGUUACCUGGAAUGAGAGCUUC